CGCGGCCGACACCCAUGAAUGGACAGAGAUCCAGAGAGCGACUACGGAGAUAUCGAAGAGUUUGAUCGCGAUUACGAAGCGCUCGUUACUGGCUUAACUCAGGCCGAUGCUGUUACUCCAACGAUCUCCGGCGAUGAAGGUGAGGAUGGCGGGACUGGCACCCCGGAUAUUGUCCAGACGGGGGUUCAGGUCGGUGACGGGGAGGGAGUCGAUGAAGCUGAGAGAGACGCUGUAAGCGCUCGAGGCCGCGAAUCGGAGACCUACGCAGACAACAAACGCUCAGCCACUGAAACCGAAGCCCUCAACUCCGCCGUCCUUGAACCCUCCGCCUCCCCAUACGACCGCUUCCGUGCCCGGAAGAAGGGGUUAUCCGUCACUGACCUGUCUGGGUCAGAGUGGUGUGAAGUCCAGCUCGUGUAUAAGUUGGAGACGGAGUUGGAGACGGGAAAGAGGCCGAGAACGGAGGCGAUGAAGAAAGGAGAGGAGAUUCAUAAGAUGGUUGAGGAGGAGAUUCAGAACAGUGUGGAGUUUGAGAUUGAUACGGAGGUGGAUAAGUGGGGGUUGAAGUUGUUGAAUUUGUUGCGUGUUGUUGAUCAGUUGGAGUGUGAGGGUAUCGCGAGAGAAGUCGCAGUAUUCGGAUUUCAGAAGGAUACCUUCUUCAGUGGCAUCAUCGACGAGCUUCAGUGCAAGGAGCCGGUCGUGGCAUAUACAUUGGAGAACAGGCAACAAUCCAUCUCGUCCUUCCUUGAGUUGCCAGGAGUUCCAAGACAUGAUAAAAUCAUCACAAUAUCCGACCUCAAGACCCGCGUUUCGUCUCGGAUGCCGAGCCAGUCGCAAUCGAAGGGAUAUCGGCAUCAACUUGGGGUUUAUAGGCGGUUGUUUAUCGACCUCGUUGAGGGAUGGCUUGAUUUCGAGAGGUUUCUGCAACAUCAGGGCUUAGAUGGUGAUGAAGUCUUCUCCGACUUGUUCAUUGCUCAAGCUAUUUCGCUCGAUCCAAUUGACAGCAACUUCGAGCCAAUCCUCGAGCACAACACUCUACGAACGCUCUACGCCCUCCUAUCCUCAAAACUACAAAAGUUCAAAGGCUGUAUCGGAACAGAAAUGACAAUCUCCUACCGCCGGCAAACCGAUGCCGGCCUAAUCGGCGAACAAGUCUUCGAAUACGACGACGCAGACAUUGAGGCACAUCUCACUACCGCUCUGGGAUUCUGGAAAGGAACCCGGAAGCCGACGGGUGUGAAGGUUUAUGAGGCGUAUAAAUGCAGGCAUUGCGAGUUUGAGGAGGUGUGUGAGUGGAGGAAGACGAAGGCGAAGGAAGCGGCGGAGAGGAAUAGGAUAAGAAUGACUGCCGGGCUGGACCCGAGCAGGGAUAUGGAUUUUGGGCCUGUUGAGCAGUAA